CCAGUGUCACCAUGCCUCGGGGGCAGAAGAGUAAGCUUCGUGCCCGUGAGAAACGCCGUCAGGCCCAGAGUGAAGCUCAGGGUGUCCAGGAUGCUCAGGCCACUACAGCAGCUGAAGAACAGCCCCUCACUUUCCCCUUUCCUCCUUUUGGUGGUGCUCAGAGCCAAGACGAGGAAAGACCAAGUACUUCUCAGGCACAACCCAGCACGGAUCAUUACCGUAGAACCCUGCUAGAUGACAAGGCAAUUCUUUUGGUGCAAUUCCUGUUGCGCAAGUACAACAUAAGGGAGCCCAUAACAAAGGAAGACAUGAUGAAGUAUGUCAUCAGGAAGCACAAGGAGCACUUUCAUGAGAUCCUCAGGAAAGCCUCUGAGCUAAUGGUGCUGGCCUUUGGCAUUGAUCUGAAGGAAGUCGACCCUACCAGGCACUGCUACGCCCUUGUCAGCAAAUUUCAGAGCACCUAUGAUGACAGGCUGAGAGGUGAAGAGAUCAUGCCCAAGACAGGCCUUUUGAUGACUAUUCUUUGUGUGAUCUUCAUGAAGGGCAACUGCGCCACUGAAGAGGAUAUCUGGGAAGUACUUAAUGUGAUGGGGAUAUAUGCUGAAAGGAAGCACCUCAUCUAUGGGGAUCCCAAGAAGCUCAUCACCCAAGAUUUGGUGCAGGAAAGGUACCUGCAGUACCAGCAGGUGGCCAACAGUGAUCCUCCACGCUUCGAGUUCCUGUGGGGCCCAAGAGCCCACGCCGAGACCAGCAAGAUGAAAGUCCUUGAGUUUUUGGCCAAGAUCCACGAUACAGUCCCCAGUGCCUUCCCAUCCUGGUAUGAAGAAGCUUUGCGAGAUGAGGAAGAGCGAACCCGAGCCAGAUUUGCAGCUCUGCUUCGUACCAGUGCCCUGGCUAACGUGAGCCCCAGGGUCAAUUUUGGCAGCUUCUUCCACCUAUAG